AGCGCGCAGGCAAGCUCUGCCUCUGAGUGCGCCAGUGUGUGCCCGUGCCGAGGCGAGCACUCGCAUCCCAGGCCGCAGCAGCGAGCCAGUCGGCCGAGCACGAUCGCGAACACGGCCGGACCCGUCGAGGCCGGCUGCAGCGCGGCGCCGACAGCUAGAUCCCGCAGCAGCGGCGGCGGCGGCGGCGGCGGUGGCGGCGCCGGCGGCUCGGCCAGCGCUGCGCUGAGACUAGGAGCGAGCCGCAGGACUCGGAGCUAUGACGAGCGUGGCAGCUGCCGGCGAGGCUGGAGGAGGAGCAGCGGCGGGAGGAGGAGAGUCCGAGGGGACUAGCGCGACUGCCGCCACGAGCGCAGCGCCGGCGCCGACGACCGCGGAGCAGGCUCCGAGUGCGGGCGCAGCCUCGGCGCCGGCGGCUCAGCAGCCGCAGCCGCAGCCGCAGCAGCAGCACCCGCCGCCCUCGCCGCUGAGCGGCUGCUACUUGCUGGUGGUGCUGCCCGAGCCCCACACCGCCCAGCACAAGGAUCUGAUCCUCAAUCGACUCGCCAAAGGUUUUCUGUCGUGGGACAAAGACAGCUGCCACGUCGAUCUUGAAAAGGAAUUGCAGGCACUGGUGGCACAGUCUCCCGAGGGCGAGGAAGCCAGAAAUGGCGAACGUCUCAUUCAAUACGCAACCGAAAAUCUCGUCACUGAAGUUCUCAUAUAUCCACAAAGCAAUACCUUGUUGCAAUGUAUUCGCAAUCUUCUCGCAAGCUUCACGAAGCAUCGUCACAUCAUUCACGCUGGAUACACAUUCGGAGGCAAUGGUUCCUGGAUAUUGCAGGAUGGAACCUUCAGUUUGGCCGACUUUUUGGACGCAUUCAGCGAACACGAGGUGCAACGCGUGCUUCGAGCUUACGAGAACAGCGUGACCGUGGACAUCCAUUGCGCGGGAGUCGGAGAUUGGACAACAUCUCGUCUUUCCAAGGAAGCUUGCACAAGAGCGUGCCGAGUGAGAGUCAAUCCCGACGACGUUCUCACAGCCGGCGUUCCAGCCAUCACAAGCUUUGUGGGCUACAUCGGACAGUACCUGAUUCCCCAAACGUUGGAUCAACUGAUGGAGCCGUCCGACGUUGUUGGCAAUAUACGCUUCAGUCAUCCAACGCUUUACGUCUUCCCCGGGGGUCAAGGUGAUGCUGCUUUAUUCGGCAUCAACGGAUUCAACAUGCUCGUUGAUGGUGGCUUUGCUCGUAAAGCCUGCUUCUGGGAUUUCGUGCGUCAUCUAGAUCGACUCGAUGCUGUACUCGUCACGCGAAUCAACAACAGCAAUGUCGGUGGAAUGUCAAGCGUCAUACGGAAAAAGAAAGAAACGCACGUCUACCCACAGAUUGGCCAUUUUUUCUGCAAUCUCGUCGAAAGAAAGCAUUCCAAUUCUCCAGAUGGCGACAAAGAUAUUGAUCCUCUCAUCUUGAAUCUAAUCGACGUCGGGCAAGAAAUGAUGUUAAACUUGCGCCACAUAAAUCUUCGUCCACAUCCUUGUUACCGAGAUCCCGAGCCAAUAAACCUGUAUCACAAAGUUGGUCAUGGUACUCUAGAUAUGUACGUCCUAAGUCCAAGUAAAGAUAGUCGCGAAGUUCGGGAAUUCAUGGCCAAGUGGAAUGCCUCUGACUCAAAACUUUUUGCUGGUUCACACAGAAAAGAUUCCAAUAGCCUUUUAUUUCCUGUUCAAAAUUUAGUGUCGAUUUGUGCAUUAUUAGUGUGGCAGCCAGCGAAUCCCGAGGAUACGAUAACUCGUAUUCUUUUUCCUGGCAGUACACCACAGCACAAAAUCUUUGAAGGUUUCGAGCGUUUAAAACAUUUGGAAUUUUUAAAGCGUCCCGUAUGUACAGCUAAGAGUCUUUCUCCUUCAACGUCACUUGCUACACUCAAAGAAAAAGCUACUAUUUUGAAACCGAAGUUGGGAUCUAUUGAGCGAGAAACCAAAAGGCUCGCUGAAAUGCGAAAAGAAAAGAAAGACUUGUCGGAGAACAAGGCUGUGAAAAAAGAUUCUGGGAUUGAUGAUGCAACUCCUAAAAUUGCUAUGGCCAAGCCAGCCCCAUCUAUUCAGCAGCAGAAACCAGAACCAAAAGCGAAAAAGGUCGUUGAAAAUAAAAAAAUAGAGUCCGAAUUGAAAGAAAGUAAAUUGAUAGAAAAUGGAAUAAAAGAAACAAGAAAAGAAAUAAAGAAGAUAGAGAAAUCUGAAGAAACGAAAAAGACUGAUAUUGUGAAGGCGGAAACCGAAAAGACUGCUCCUGUGAAGGAAUCAAAGACGCAAAAGGUAGAAACUAAAAAGAAAGAAACUAAAGAAGUAGCAAAACCGAUCGCUAAACUUACUAGACCCGAUAGUACAAUUAAACCCUCACCAAAGCCUGUAGAGAAGAAGCCUAAGCCAGCUGGAGAAAAGAAGGACAUAAUGAAACCAUCACCUACAACACCGAAAAAAUCUAUCAAUGGUACGGCGACAAAAACAGAAAUAACAAAAACUGUGACAAAAAAUAUCAAAGUAGUAUCGAAAGCUUCGUCGGCUGUUCCUGCAAAAAGUGCUAAAGAUGCAAAUAACCGCAUGGUAGUUGAACAGAAAAACAUUGAACUGUCGUCCAAAUCAGCUAUUGAUUCGAAAGGAAAAUCCAAAACGGCUACUACAACUAGUGCUACUAAUGAGCGUAAACCAGUUACUCGUCGAGCAAAACCUCUUAGUCCAAGUAAGGCACGACUUCCAAUAAGUCCUGCAAAGUCUGCAAAAAGUACACCAUCUUCUGUCAAGUCAGAAAAAGAUGCCGUUAUUCGAAAGAUCAAAGGUGGUACUACGGAUUCCUCUGCAGUAUCGACUCCAUCUGGUAUCGAUAUUUUGGAAUCUGGAAACAAAUUGACCGACAGAAAUUUAACUGAAAAAUCGGAAGAUAUGUCGAUGGACUCAAUUGAAAGUAAGGUUCUGGCAGAUUUAAAGGAAGAGCGUGAAGUUGUUGAAGAAAUUGAGGCUGUUCUUCAGAAAGCCGAACGAAUAGAAGGAACGCUUAAGAAAUUUAACAGAGACGAUGAGCUCGCUGUAGAAGCGGCGGAUAAAAAAGAUGACGACGUGACUGAAGAAGAUGUAACGGCUGAGCUCGACGAUGUACCGAAAAAAAUUUCUAGAAAAGAAAGCCAAGAACUGACAGAAGAAGAUGAAUAUUUGAUCGUUGAAAAAGAAGAAAUAUUCACGGAGGAUUCAGUACAGAGUGGUGAUACUGAACAAAAACAUCAUCUUGAUGAAGUAGAAUCUGAAAAACCCAAAAUACGUUUAGAAGAUCCACCACAAGAGCUUGAAGAACAUGAAGAUGAGAAAGAUAUUGAUGAGAAAAAAGAUGAGAUUCCAGAAAAAAAAUUAGUUAAACCGGUAAUUGAAAAGGAGGUAAAAAAAUCUGUCGAUUUGUCACCAGAAAAUAAAGAAAUCCUUGAAGAGGAACUCAAACACAUAAUUGUCUCAGCAACUGAAGCUGUCCAAAAAACAGAGGAAAGAGAUGAUUCAGCGAGAAAAGAUAGUGAAGAUAUCACGAAAGAGCCAUCAAGUAUUAGUCCAGAAAAAUUUGAUUCUCCCGGAAAGCAAGACGUUGAUCGAAAAGAAUCUAUUCCUGAAAAAUUAGAAGAAUCUCAAGAACGUAUUUCGACUCUGGAGUCAGGUGCGACUACGACUGCUCCAACUUUACCUGACGAUGAGAGAGUUCCCCUUGAUGAAAUUAAAGAAGAAAUGGAAAAACAUGUUUCAGAAGAAAUAAAAGAAAAAGAACUCGUGAAAGAAAAAGAGAUUAUACCGCAGAUACCAUCCAUUGCUCCUAAACCGGAAGUUAAGAUUUUAGACGUAAAACCCGUUAUUCAGGGAAUUGCUAGAGAUAUUGUGAAAACUCCAGAUGAAGUGGCCGAUUUACCAGUUCACGAAGAAGUUGAUCCUAAGUUGUAUAGAAUGGAUGACAUAGAGAAAUACAAAGACAUGAAAAUCUCUCCUCAGGAAACAAAAGAACCUCCAACUCCUCCGUCUAAAGAAAAAGACAAAGGUGUGUUUAGUUUCUUUGGAAAAGUAGCAGAUACAUUUGAAAAAGGCCUGGACAAACUAACGAAAAAAGCAAGGCGAGAUUCUGAAAAAGAUGGAGAAGAUAAAUCCUCAAAAUCAAGCUCACCCAAAGAACCGAAGCCUCAAGACAAAGUACUACUUGAAGAAGUUGAUAUGAAUAAAGUUUUUCCAAAAGUAGGUAAACGUGAAGAAACGCUUGAAACCCUUGAAAAAGCCAAACAAGAAAUCAGCGAUGCUAUCAGUGGAAUUGAUGCUACAACGGCACUUCUACAAAAAGAUAUAAAAGAACUCAAAUCAGAAGAAAAAGAAUUUGGCUUUGUUGAACCAAUUCAAUAUACCGACAAACCUCAAAAACUUUUGGAAGACGAUGUAAAGCAAGAAAAUGUUAAUGUGAAUGAAGCUUUGCCAAAAGUAAGUGAACAUGAGCAAACACUUGACCCCUUAGAAAAAGCCAAGCAAGAGAUCAACGAUGCAAUAAGUGGGAUCUCUGCAACAACUGCACUCCUACAGGAAGAUAUGAAAGAAUUAAAAAUUAGUGAAGAAGAAUUCGGAUUUAUUGAACCAAUUCAACACGUCGACAAGUCUCAGGAAUUUGUGGAGAAAGAGAUCAAGAAAGAAGUUGAAGAUAUCGAAGAUGUAGAAGGAUUAAUGGAGGAGGCAUCCAAAAAAUUUAAGAAUGUUAAAGAUAGCUUACAAGACUCAUUAGAAUCGCUUGAAGAUAAGUUUGAUGGUGUCAAGAAAGUAGCUUUGGAAGAAAAAGAUACAGUCAAAGAUAUGCUUACUGGCGUCGCUGAAAAACUUGAAGAUAUAGCAGAUAUUGAUGUAAAAGAACCAGAAAAAGUGAAAUUUACUAUACCUGAAAGUGACGAUGAGAACGACACUGGUGGCGUAGUCCGAGAUUUUAAAGAAGCGGUGCGUGAUGUAGCUGAAGUACUUGCUGGAACAGCUGGUAUUGAAAUUGAAAAAGGAGAAAAAACAAAAGACGUUGAAAAAAUCGUUAAAGAAGUUGCAGAAGUGCUCAAAGAAGAUACCUUUUUACCAGAAGAAGUUCUUUCAAAAUCCAUACACGAUAAAAAACAAAGUCUAGGUGACGUACAUGAACAAAUUGCUUUAUCAAAACCCGUUAUUGAAGAAAUUGCAAGAGAUGUGAAGGAGCAAGUAGAAGAGUUUCUCCAGAAAGAAUCGAUAGAGCUAUCUCAACCAGAAAAAGUGGGUGACGUUCAUGACACCAUCGAAGAACCUUUCAUAAAAUCUUCAAAGGGUAAGGAACUUGUGUCAUCUCCUGUCAAAGAUCACGCAACUAGUUUACAAGAAGCCAAAAUAUUGUGUGAAGAUAUGUUAAAAAGUGAUAUUAUUAGAGAUUCCGUUGUUGAGCUGCAAUCAGAUACACGAGCAGAUGUACUGGAUUCAGGUUUAGAAGAAAUGUGUAUUAAGAAGAUUGCAAAGCGAGAGACUUAUGAAGAAACAACCGAGGAUAAUGAUAAAAUUAUCGUUGAACCAGAAAUCAGCUUCCAACAAAAUCUUUCACCAGCUAAAGCAGAAUUAGUUACUGUCACACCAGGUUCAACGCCUACAUCACCGAAGCUUGCGACAGAAGCGGAAUUUUCUGAUCUCUCAUCAGAUUAUAAAGAUAUGAUCAAUAGAGAUGCAAAUUUAGAAGAUAUCAUUGAAGAGUUUAUUGUCAAGAAAAAACAUAAAAUAACGAAGAAUAUAAUAGAAUACAUUGUGAUCGUGAAGCGCGUGCCUAAAGAAAAAGUGAUAAACAUUAUUCAAGAAAUCAUUAUCAAAUACAAAAUACCUCGGGAAAGUGUUGCAGAUAAAAUUGAAAAUUUACGAUCAAAUGAUAAUAUUCCUAUUGAAAAAUGGACAAAAAUUGAAAACGAUAUUACAAAUGAAUACUUGAAUAAAAACAAGAAAAUAAAUUCAUCUAUCGUUGACGAAAUUGCUAAAAGUAAUAUAAUCUCGAAACGAAUUGUGAUAGAAAUAAUUGAAGAAAUUAUAGUUAGAAAGAAAUUUUCCAGAGAGUCUGUUUUUGAUAUUUCAGAUGAAUCAUAUUUUACAAUAAUGAAUGAAGAUUUAGAUAAAGUGCCAGAAAGGGAGGUGCAAAAACAAGAUUUUCUCGUUGAUGUUUCUAGUAUAGUAGAUUCAAUAGAUGUUUCGAAUAAAUCGAUUCAUAUGCCCACAAGUGCUGAAGAUGUAGGUGAUGAAAUUGUGGAUGGUUUUGUUAGCAUAUCGUCUAAAGAUGCAGUUGAAGCCUUUUUACAACAGGAGAAAGAUAAUUCACAAAAAGAUGAUUUUGAAGCGGUAGAGCAAGAAUAUAAAGUUCGAGAUGUUUCAACAGCAUCGCCAAAGACAAUUGUAGAAGAUCAAAAGACUAAAGAAACUGAAGAAAUAUCUGAAUGUAUGAGUGAUGUUACAGAAGUUGAUGAAAAGUUUGUUCGAGAAACUGUAGAAAAAAGUACAAAAAAAGAUUAUGUAUCUGAGAACGAGAAAAAGAUCAAAGAUGCGAAAAAAGACGACGAAGAUACGAGCCACGAUGUUGAUAUCUCAGAAGUAUCUGAAGUCGAAACAAAAGAAAAGUAUCUCGACGAAGCGAAAGAAAAGACAUCUGAUUAUAAGGAAUUCUUAAAGUCUGUUAAACCCAUUCAUAUCGCACAAUCAACUCUUUCUUCUGUAGAACAUCAUACCAAAUCAUUAAACGAUGAAAAAGACGUACAAGAGUCGGUAUCAGUUAGAAGAAUGGUUGUCACAGCCAGUAGUGAAGAUGGUGGUCAAGAAACAGAAAUUUGUCCAACUGGAACAAUUACAUUUACUAAAGUUUCUGGAUUGGAAGACGCCAAGUCAGAUGUCUUGAAUGCCGAUCAAAUCAAACGAGAUACAACACAGUCCCCUGACUCACUUCAAUCUGGAGAUGCAUCACCAGCAGAAAGUGUGUUCUCAAAAUCCCCUACAGAAAAGACUAGUCCCCAUGAUUUAGAAUUCGUACUUUCAAAAGAAACGGUCAUCAAAGAAGCAUCUGAAAAAGUCUUCCAUAAAACUGAAACAGUAGAAGUUACUCAAAGUAUCGAUGACAAAGAUAUUAAACAUGAAAUAUUAAUUAGCGACAUGCCCAGUACCUCCCCUGUUGAAAAUAUUAUGACUGAUACAUCAAAAUCUCCAAAUGAUGAUAGAGAAUCACAUGAAAAAGAAAUUUCGCCAGAAAAAUCUGGUCAUGAUUCCCAAUACCGUGAGAAUGAAAUCAAAGAUAGAUCAAAAUCUCCGAGCGUAGAGAAACAAUCUCACGAAAAAGAAGAUUCGCCUGAAAAAUCUAUCUAUGAUAAUCAUGAAAUCGAAAUAAAGGAUAGAUUAAAAUCUCCAAGUACAGAGAAAAAGGAGGAAAAAGAAUUGGUGCCAGAAAAAUCGAUUGGCACAGAUCUCGCCAAACCCCAAAGUACUGAUAUAAUAGAUAGAUCAAAAUCUCCAAGUUUGGAGAAAGAAACUAAUGAAAAAGAGACUUCACCCCAAAAAUUUAUUCACGAUGAUCAUCGGCAUCAUGCAAUUGAAGUUAAAGAUAUAUCCAAAUCAGCCAGUGCAGAAGAAGAAAUUAAAAAAGAAUCAUCGCCUGAAAAAUCUACUCAUGAUGACCAUGACCAUCACACUAUUGAAGUCAGUGACAGAUCUAAAUCUCCAAGUGUAGAGAAGGAAGAUAAAACAGAAUCGCAGGAUCUUGAAGUUGGAGAUAGAUCAAAGUCCUCAAGUGUAGAAAAAGAAUCUUAUAAUAAAGAAGCUUCACCUGGGAAGUUAUUACAAGAUGAUCAUGUACAGCAUGCCAUCGAAGUCAUUGAUAGAUCUAAAUCUCCAAGUACUGAAAAAGAAUCUCAUGAUAAAGAAGCUUCAAUUGAAAAGUCCAUUCACGAUGAUCAUGACCGUCAUGUAAUUGAAGACAAAGAUAGAUCGAAAUCUCCGAGUGUGGAGAAAGAAGACAGAAAAGAAUCGUCCCUCAACAAAUCUAGUGAUAUUGAUCAUUUACAACAACAUGAAAAAGAAGUCAAAGAUACGUCUGAAUCCCCAAAUGUAGAAAAAGAAGUUUCAUCGUCAAAAACUAUUCACGAUUAUGGGGUAGAUAUCGAAGAUAGUUCGAAAUCUUCAAGUGCGGAAAGAGAAGAGAAGAAAGAAUCAUCGACUGAAAAAUCUGUUCAUGAUGAUCAUGACCCUCAUAAGGUAGAAGUUAAUGAUAUAUCUAAAUCUUCAACACUAGACAAUAAGUCUCAUAAAGAAGCUUCACCUGAAAAGUCUAUUCAUGAAGAUCAUACAGAAUAUCGAAUUGACGCCAAGAAUAGAUCUAAAUCUCCAAGUACAGAAAAAGAAGAUAAGAUAGAAUCAUUAUCUGGAAAAUCUGUUCAUGUUGACCAUGCCAAACCAUACGAUGUUAAUAUUAGUGAUAGAUCCAUAUCUCCAAACUUGGAAAAAGAAGUUUCCCUCGAAAAACCAGUUCAUGACGAUCAUGUAACAGAUACCAAAGAUAGAUCUAAGUCUCCAAGCGUAGAAAAACAAUCUCAUGAGAAGGAAGCUUCUAUUGAAAAAUCUAUCCAUGAUGAACAUGUGCAUCAUGAAAUCGAAUUGAAAGAUAGAUCAAAAUCUCCGAGUUCAGAGAGACAAGGUGAAAAAGAAUUAUAUCCCGAAAAAUCAGUCGAUACUGAGCAUACAAAAUCACAUGAUAUUGACAAAAAAGAUAGUUCGAAAUUCCCAAAUGUUGAAAGAGAAUCACUCCAAAAAGAGAGUACGCCCGAAAAAUCUAUUCACGACGAUCAUGUGAUCGAACAUCAUGAAAUUGAAGUGAAAGAUAUAUCAAAAUCUCUAAACAUAGAAAAAGAAGAAAAAAAUGAAUCAUCGCUAGAAAAGUCUCUUGAAUCUGAUCAUAUCAAAACGCAGGAUGUUGAUAUUAAAGGCAGAUCAAAAUCGCCAAGUGUCGAAAAAGAAUCAAAUGAAAAAGAAGCUUCACCCCCAAAAUCUAUUUAUGAUGAUGAGAAACAUCACACGGUAGAUGUCAAAGAUGGAUCCAAAUCUCCAAGUGUAGAAAGAGAAGAUAAAAAAGAAUUGCAACCGCAAAAGUCUUCCGAAACUAGUCAUAUACAAUCACAAGAUGCUGAUGCUAAAGAGAGAUCAAAGUCCCCAAGUGUUGAAAAAGAAUUUCAUGGGAAAGAGACUUCAUCAGAAAAAUCCAUUUGUCAUGAUGGAGAAACUCAAAUCAAAGAUGGAUCAAAAUCACUAAGUUUGGAAAAAGAAACAUUGGAAAAAGAGGGAUCAUCAAAAAAAUCUCUUGAUGCUGAACAUAUAUGUGAAGAGCAAAAUAAAGAUAAGUUAAAAUCUUCAAGCAUAGAAGAAACUACAGAUAUAAUGGAGGACAAACAUGUCGAUGAUAGCGCUACAAUGCAGAAUCUUUCGAUAAAAGAUGGAUCUAAAUCUCCCAGUACAGAGAAAGAAGACAAAACGGAAGAGCGAAUUAUAAUCAAAGAUAUAUCCAAGUCUCCAAGUGUAGAAAAAGAAUCUACGAAUUUAGAAAAAAUAGUUGCAAACGAAGGCUCGUCAGAAAGAUCUGCAAGUUCAAUGAAUGCAAAUAAGGGAGAAGAAAAAGAUGAAGCUCAAACUACUAGAGUCGAAAAAGAAAUAACCUUAAAACAGGAUACAGUAGAUUUUAUUCAUUUCGAGAAAACUCAAUACUCAGCAGCUGAUACCGCAACUGAUAAACUUGUGGAACCAGAAUCAUCAAGUACAGAAAAAGCGCUUUUAGAAAGGAAAUUAUCUUCAUCUCAGUCUCCAAAUUUUGAUCUAGCCGAUAACAAUAAGGAUAAGGAAACCUUGCCAGAUAAAAUUGUUACUGAUCUGGCAGCUUCAAAACCUGAAGUUACAACUCAAAUUGUGAGCAAAUCAAGGUCUUCCAGUAUUAUAGCAGAUACUAGUAAUAAAGAAAGUAUGCUAGUAAAAUCUAAUGUUUUCGAGGAACUGGAAGAGUCAAUGAUAGUUUCAGCAGUUGAUGCAACGGAACAAUCGAAAUCUUUAAGCGUUGAGCAAGAUAUUAGUUAUGAAAAAAAUAUGUCUGAAAGGACUUCUGUUAAUACUGAUACACGGUCAAAGUCACCUAGCGUUGAAAAAGAUGUUGGUAGGAGAGAUAGUGUACCGAAGAAGGAUAUCGAUGAUAAUAAACAAUUAAUAAGCCAUGGGACUCUCGGUCAACAUGAAGAUAUAUCUCAUUCUUCUAGUGUAACCGCAGAUAGUACGAAAGAUAGUGAGCCUUCUAGUAAAUCCCGAUCGGGUAGUAUACAAUCUGUAAUUGAUCACGGAGUUCCUUCAUCAUCAAACGAAAAAGACAAAUUAUCGGAUGAAAAGUCAAGAACUGGAAGUAUAUCUGAAUCAGCUGUAUCGGAAGUGCCUACUCACCAAUCAAAAUCACCAAGCCCAGAAAAAGUUGAUGUUAUUUCCGAACAGUAUAGUGAUACGUUUAUGGAAAAAGCGAGGCUGAGUUUAAUUAGCGAUAAAUUUGAUGAAGAUUCGCUCGAUAGAACAAAAUCUCCUAGCGUGCUGAGUGAUAGGUCAGAUGAGAAAGAUAUGGUAGAUCGGUCCAAAUCACCAAGUGUAGCUGGUGAUAAAUUCGAUGUUGAACAAAUAGAUGAUCCAAUGAAGGAACAUGUGAUAGAAGAGAAACCUAGUGCACCCAGUUUAUCUGAAAUUAUUGAUAAAAAUGAUAGUGAAAAAUCAAAAUCGGUAAGUCCUGUCAAUGAAAAAAUUCAUGCAGAAUCUACCAAUGAUCGUAAAGCUUCGGUGACUAGCGUAGAAAGCCGUGGAGACGAUAAAGGAAAAGAUCGUUCCCGCUCACACAGUUUAUUUGACACUGGCGAUAAAACACCUUUGGUACGUUCAAGAGCUGCGAGUCUGUAUGAUGAUAAACUUGUAGAAAAAGUGAGCUUGCUAGAACAUAGAAAAGAUUCAACAGGACACGGUAAAGGUAUUUUUGAAGAGGAACAUGAAUUCCGAUCAUCACAAGAAAGCUUCGAUGACAUUCAUAAAGAUAUUCCUAGAAGAGAUUCGAAAGAAACAGAUUUUUUGAGUGAUGAAAAGAAACAGGCGAUAGAAAAUUACAUUUUAAAUGAGUAUAUUCGUAAAAAUAAAGUUAUAACUUUAACGUCUAUUAACGAAAUAACUACUAUUUACAAAGUUGAUCGAUAUGUUGUUAUCAAAAUUGUCAACGAAUUGAUUACGAGUUUGAAACUGAAACAAGAAAAAAUUUUAGAGUUCGACGAAGAUGAACACGAUGAAGCCGAUCAAAAAUUAUUUGAUGUAGAAGAAAACUUGAUGAAUUAUAUUAACGAAGAGUUUGUUUUAAAAAAGAAAAAAAUUACUUCAAAAAUAAUAGAUGAAAUUGCAAGCUCCAAGUCGGUUCCUCGACCUCUAGUUAUUCUAGUGAUUGAAAAUAUCAUUUUAUCGCGCAAUCUUCGAAGAGAAUCCGUGGUUGACUUUGAUCUGUGUGAAAGUCAAGAUCUUCUGAAAAAAGAUAUGGGCGUAGGCGAUCCUGCUAGUAAAUCAAAAACAAGUGCAGAGAUUAUACCAGAAAAAACAUCCGUUAAAGAAGUCGGUAGUGAAUCGAAAAGUCCUAGUGUGAGUCCGGGACCCGGACCUUCUAUAAGUGCCACGUCUGAAAGGCCCGAACCACGUAUAGAUGAAGAAGUAACUAUUACGGAGAAUAAACGGGAAGAAAUCGAAUCUCUAAUUGUGGGUGAUUAUGUCGACCGAGGUAUCAAGAUAAACGAAGCUAUUUUAGAAAAUAUCAUUGCGCGCACAUUAGUACCAAAAUAUAUAAUCAUAGAAAUUAUUCAAGAGAUCAUCGUGAAAAAACUUUUAUUGAAGAAUGUGGUUGUAGAUGAAAUUAUUUUCAGUGAUGAUGAUUUGGAUGAGACGCCGCAAAAAUUAGAGUACGAAGAGUCUUCGCAAUCUCGAGAGUAUGAAGAGCACAGUUGGCAUAAAAGCAUGCCUUAUUCCGAAUUUGAGAGUCCGUUUCAUAAAGCGUUCAUGGAAGGCAUGACGGAAAUUCGAACUACGCAUAUAACAACAUUGUCGGGGAAAUCAACACCUGAUCUUGGACAACAAGAGGCGACUCCCGAGCCUUCGUCUGAAGUGACGAGCACAAUAAUUAAGACAAUCACUUCUACAUCUGGAAAAUCCGAACCUGAUAGUAAAGACAAAGUAAUUGGCGAACAUGAUCAAGAGGAUGAAACGUCGGAUAGAGUUGUUAUUUUAAAAACCACUCAAAUAACUACGUACCCUGAAGAUGAACAAGAAAUUGUCAGAGAAUUUGUGCAAAGACAAAGCCUUUCAGGCCCUCUAGAGAUCCAUAAAAUCGACGAAGAGACCGAUAGUAGAGUAGGUACUCGAGAAGUGUCCUCUAUUGAAUCGAAAAUAGAUCAUGAUGGCGGUGAACAUGCAAUUACCGAAAUUAUGACAACAAAACUUGUCAAGACAAUCAUCAGAGAAACUGAAAUGGAUCAAAAUACAACUACCACUAAUAUGAUCAGUGAAACUCCGUCUGAAACAACGACUUUUACCACACACAGCAAAAUUACUACUAAAGACACUCAUGAGACAAUAAUUCCGACAACUGUAGCUGAGUCUCACGUGAGUAGUAGUAGCUCGAAAACCGUAGUUACAAGCACAGUCAUUGACACUGACAAGUCAAUACCAGACAGAAAAGACGAAACCGAUCAAAGCCGAAAAUCUUUAACAGGUAAAGAUCUGAUCGAUCAUACUGUUUCCGAACAAGUGGAACAAUCCGUUUCUCCUGUAAUCAGAGAUUUAAUAAGCGAUGAUCGAAGUUACUCUGGGAAAUCAUCGCCAGACGUUUCUCUACCCAAAGAUAUAGCUUACGGUGAUUCAACUGGAAAAUCUACCCCUGAUUUAUCCAUGUCUCCAUUGAUUCGCGAUGGGGUAAUCCAAUCACAUAUCUCUGGACGUUCGACACCCGACAAGCGAUCCGAGAACAGAUCGAGAACUGCUACUCCAGAGGGUUUCCGUGCUGGUGAAGUAAUACGUACAAUUAUAACGACAACAAGAACCAUAAGCGACGACGGUGAGCUGAUCACAACUACACAGGAGGUGACAGAGACGACAAAUGAAAAGGGCGAAACUGUAGUUCUGACCACGAAAACUGACGUGACAGUUGACGAGCCACUGGCCGAAAGUCUUACAGACGAGGCGAGAUCGGCGGAUGCUCAACGGGUCUCGAGUCCUAGCUCGGAUCUAGUUGACAAGGACAAAGACCCAACAAGUCCUCGCAGUGAUUUAAGCAGUGGACACAGUCGAGCUGCAACCGAAAUGUGGGAAAGUAGCGAGGAGCGACACACGUACUCGGACAAAGAUCAGUCGAGUCCUCUCUUCUCGUCGUCGCCGCACCAUCAAGAUCCUCACUUGUCUAUCAAAGAGGAGACCGCCAAGCCCAGUGCAGAGGCCGAUUUUUCCAGCUCGGCUAUGAGCAGCAGCUUCUACGGUCAAUUGCCCGAAGAGCUGGCCCACUUCACUAGUACAAUCACGCAAAUAAGCGAAUCCCAUGCGGAUCAAGACUUCACAUUCAGAAAGCUGACGGUUGAGAAGGAAUAUGCCGGCGGAUACGUGGAAAAAGACACGAAAAAGUACAUAGACGAGGCUGACCUCGACUUCGAAAAAGCACUGACAGUGGCUCCGGGCAGCAGCAAAGAUUUGGCUAAGCCCGGCGACAGCGAGUCUGGCGACGUCGAUGACCGAAAGGAUCCAUUGGCCAGCUGGGGAAGCCCACUUAAGUUACCGUCGCCGAAGGCUCCACGAAAGUUCAAUCUUCGCAGCCCCAUUCAGCCGACUAGCUCGGCUGAUCUCAGUCCAGACAGCCUCAACUUCGACGUGAUCAACGACUGGGGCGAGCCCAUGAGGCUGCCCUCGCCUGCACCGACGGCCAAUGAGUUCUCGAACAAGGGCUCGCCGGGCACGCCCAAGAAGGAACGUGGCGAGCAGGCCAGAAAAGUGAUGUCGGAAAAUAUUAAGAACAAGAAGCGCUCGGAGAGCCCGAGCAAGAACGAUAAGAAGUACAAGAAUGCAAAGAACAAAGUGCAACCAGUUUACGUUGAUCUCACCUACGUGUCCCACCACGGCAAUUCCUUUUACACAGCCUUGGACUUCUUCAAAAAGGUGCGGGCUCGGUACUACGUGUUCAGCGGCACCGAGCCCAGCCGCGAGGUUUACGAUGCCCUACUCGAAGCCAAGAAAACAUGGGAGGACAAAGAUUUGGAGGUGACCUUAAUCCCGACGUACGACACCGACACUCUUGGCUACUGGGUAGCGGACAACGAGGAGGCUCUGGCGGCCAACCACAUCGAUCUAUCGCCUUCAGCCUCGAGAUGCACGAUCAACUUGCAAGACCACGAAACCAGCUGCAGCGCUUACCGACUGGAGUUCUAGGCCCU